UGCUCCUGUUCCUGUUCCGGAGGAGAGUGUUCAUGUGAAGAUAGCGACCGUGAAAAGAAAGAUGCGGAUAAGGACUCUGAGAGUGCUCGUGACAAAGUGCAUAAAUCCUCUCGUCAGAGAGAUCUAGAUCGAGGUGAACGAGAACGAAGCCGUAAAAGGAGCUGGUCCCGGGAAAGAGAUGAUGACAAAAGGGGACGUGUGAGGGACAGAGACAGGCAUCGAGAUUCCGAUCGCAGAAGUAGCAAGUCCUGGGAACGGGACAGGAUUAGAGAUCGAAGGAGAACCAGGUCUCGAGAUCGAAAAAAGAGCCGCAGUCGUUCUCGUGAAAAGAACAGAGAUCGAAAAAGGAGUAGAUCUCGAGAAUCGUCGCAGCAUUCCAAGAUGGCUUCUCUAUCAAUCCACGAAUACACAGGGGUUUACUGGAAGUAUUGGAGAUCAGAAUCGGCUCGUAACGACACAAGCGACAGUAUAUCGGCCUCUGGACGGAAAUCGAACUUCUUCUCAAUGGAAUUCUAUCAACAGUUCUUCGACGUUGAGACCGAUCAGGUUCUCAAGCGAGUAUUAAAUAGUAUAGUGCCAACCAACAGUAACUUCAUCUUGGACUAUGUGCAUCCUAUGCCUGACCUAUGGGGUAUGGUUUUUUCAAGUAGUGGUUUACCGAUAAGUUUUAAAGCUUAUCCUCUUCGAAGUAUUGUUGAC